AUGGAGUGUAGGCGUAUUAAUACGACAGUUAUUUCAUUUGAUUAUGAAAAUUCUGAUACUUUAAAAAGGAAUCAGUAUUUAACGGUUAUUAACUGUAAAUUACCAAAAAAGGAAAGUAGUAUUAGUAAUAUUUUUAAGGUAGAAAGGAAUUCUCAUUUUUAUUAUGGGAUUAUCACCAAUAGAAGUACAAUUAUUUGGUUUAGUAUUUUAAGUACGUCUUCUUAUUUAGGUGAGUAUGGCGUAUUUCUUAAUAAGGAAAGAACAAAUAUUUUAUAUCCAAUAAUUAAUACAGAUAAUAGUAAACAGUAUAAUGAGAAUCCUUCAGAGAGUACAUACGCAUUAAACAAUGAAUCUAUAGUUAUAUUCACUACGCUGUACAUUAUUAUAUGUACAUGUAAUAAAAUACUUAUAUAUGAUAAUAAUGGUAUAAUACACUCUGAGAUAGAUCUAGGGAUUGAUAAAGUAUCCAGUAUAUAUGCUACAUUAUGUAAUACGUAUUUAUUCAUUAAUUUUGAGAAGGGAAUAAUUUCAUUAUACAGUAUUGCUAAAAAAGAGUUUAUUUACAGGAAAAAGCACUUAAUUGGAGAAUCUUCUGUGUUUGGGAAUGUUUUCAGAUACUUAAGAUACUUUACAAUAUCAAAGAAUACGUUAAUUAUAGGGAGAGUACGGGAUGGAUCUAUUCUAUUAGAACUAUCAUAUCCUGAAGAACUUUCAGCUGUAUCCACGGAUAUUCUACAGAAAAGAGUAGUGGUAGGGUCAGUUACAGGGACAAUAUAUCAUACACGGUUAGAUAAUUUACAGAGUGAAUUCUCUUCUGUGAAAAUUAUCUAA